CCACCUCGUAUUGUCGGUCAUACCUACUACGAAGUACGAAUACUUCGACUCUCAUCGGGUAAUUAUAACCCAUAGGCCAUACGUAGGUACGGAGUUGGUACUCCAUCCAUACAGUAGGAAAACAGUGUAAUUAAGACGAAGAUGAGUCAGCAGAAAGGUAUGAGUCAACUUCCGUCUCAACAGGCAGCCGCAAGGGAAAAGACCAGGAAGUCUUCGGAAAAAAGGACGUGAUGCCACCAGCCUCCGCACAGUCAUCUACUAUACGUACAUUCUCGGAGCCUCCCAGUCUCCCAGUCUCCCAGUCUCCCAGCCCACCUGGAGGCUGGUCAAUCUGUGGACUGGAUCUCUUACCAACCCCCCGCACUGGCGCUGAACGCCGUGAGAACGGCGGACCGAGGUCAUGGGCCUCUUGAGAUCCCAGCAUAACUCUGUACCUUGUUCCCAAUACCAUUACAUCCAUGGCUACAGAUACCAAGUCUGUUCAGACCGGCGAGGCCGCCGCCGCUCAGGCCCAGUCUCAGUCUCAGUCUCAGUCCCGAUCCCAAGCAUCUGAGGACCUUGCCGCCCUUUCGCAGCAUUGCCUUGACAUGAUGACCAAUAUCACCACCCUCCUCGACGAGCUGCAGUUGCUCAAGGCGGCACUGGACCAGCAACCCGCCAUUGGCUCGAAAGCUCUCCCCUGGAACCAGGCCGUGCCUGGCCUCGGCGCCUUUGAGCGCCUCGUCCAGUCCGAGAAGCGCAACGUCGAGGGCAUGCUCGGCAUAUGCGACUCCGCGCGGUCACUGCCCGACGACCCUCGUGAUGCUGCUCACCCGGACGACCCGGAUGUCGAGUUAGAAGCCGCUAACAAGAUGCUACGCCACAAGCUUGACGCAUGCAACUACAAGUUUCACCAGAUUGUGUGGGAUACCGCCAAGAAAUGCCAUCGCCUGGCCGGACUGCGACGUGAGAUGCCCCGCUCGACUUCCAACCGCAAACGGGAUACGGUUGUGGUGGAUGUGGUCGGGAGUGGGGGUGGCGAAUGGGUCAAGAUCAUCACUACCACGGAGCGGCGCCUCUUCUAUGAGAUGACCGACGCCGGCUGGGAGUGGGACGAGGUCGAGGUCGAGAACGACGGUGACGGUGACGGUGACGACCAAGCGAGCCCCCUUCCCCUCCCUGAUGAAGGUGGCGAGAAUGACAUUGAGAUACUUCGUAUCACUCGUCAGCUCGUCACCGCUGCCUCCCUUGCCUACCACGAGUAUCGUCAUCCGACGGUGAGAGUCCUCCUUUCUCGCAUCGCCCAAGGUCGGAAUGCCCACGUGGACAGGCUGCUGAACCACGUUCGGACGCUUGGGGGGAGCAGUGUGCACCUUGUGGUCGAGACGACGAACUCUGACUCCCACGCUGGUGGUCUCCUGAACCGACCCGUGCCGCCUAUUGACGAGGCCACCGCCAACCUCGCGCAUCGGGAACCGUUCGGUGACUUCACCGGGACGCUCAACGUCGACUGCUCCGUCUUCAUGGCCUUGGCCUCCGAUUUCAGCCACAUGGAGAUCCAUCCGGGGUCGCCCCUGCUGCGUAACCACCAGCACCGGAUCGACGCGGAGGACGAGGUCUCCAAUGGGCCCCGCCUGCUGACCACACUCUACCCAGCCAUAACAGGGCGGGACCUCGUCUGCACGCAGGACGCGGCGGAUACUUUUCUGAAGAUUGUGUACGAUAUUGGCACCGACUCGGAGCAGGCACGCACUCGGGUUUUGUUCGGCAGCCCAGCUGAUGAUGACGAUGACGAUGACGAUGACGCCGGGGCAGACAACGAUGAGCGUAGGGACGCAGACCGACGCAGACGGCGCGACGAGCUCGCUGCUCUGUCCAAGUACCCCGUGCCCGAGGACCUUCGCCUCCCCAUCCGGACGGUCGGGACGAUCACCUGGCAGGAAGCCCAGCGGCUGGUUGGGAAGGGUGAGCUACCGGAAGUGGCACUUGCAGUCGGGCGUAAGGGCUCGGGACUUAACGCCAUGAACGUGUCGUCUUUCUUGUACGGGUGGAAAAGCCGGCUCACGACCAUCACGUCGAACUGGGAAGCGGCGAAACGGCUUCGGAUGCUCAUCGAAACGAGCGAGCCCCCGGAAGAUCGGAGCCGGUUCGGGCCCGGUCCCCAAAUCUGGCGGAUCCCGUUCGCGAGGAAACUACUCGCCAGGCCGCGGGAGGCGGGGGCUGAGAGGGCGCCUAUCAAAACCAGGAAGGAGAGGAAGGUAGAACAGGCGACGUCUCUUGAACGGUACACAAAGACGGAAUGA